GCGCGCAGGAAACUGUUGCAGUGACUGGAACAUGCCCUAAGAUACGGAUUACAUUUGUAAACAAACAUGGCGGCCAGGUUUGCUUCGUUAAACACGGAAGAUUUUGAGAUAAAUCUGAAGGAGAAAGACGCGCUGAGCACGCGGAAGGCUACCAAAACCGCAUUAGCUAUUCUUCAGGCAUAUUUACAGGAGAAACACAUCGCAACUGACAUCGAACAGCUGGAAAAGAGAGCCAUAGCGGAAAUACUGUCAAAGUUCUACUUGGAGGUGAGGAAAAGUGACGGAGACUUUUACAAGAGGACUUCACUCGUGAGCAUCCGUGCGGGCAUUAACCGGCAUUUGAAAGACACGUACAGCGGACAGAUAGACAUCAUUAAAGACACGGAGUUUUCCGAAGCCAACAAAUCCUUCAGGGCAGCAUCGGUGCAGCUGAAGAAAGCAGGGAAGGGGGAUGUGGUGCACCAUUCCCCGAUUGAUGAGCACGACAUUAAAAAGCUGUACAGCUCUGGGGUUUUCAACCAGAACGACCCACUGGGACUCCAGCACAAAGUGUGGUUCGAGUUAAUGCUGUACAUUUGCCGGAGGGGAAGAGAAAAUCUCCGGGAACUGAAAAAAGACCACUUCACUGUCGGGAAAGACUCUGAUGGCCGGGAGUUUGUGGCACAAGCAGGAGAUGAACUCACCAAGAAAACUCGCGAAGACAAGGUUGAAACCAACCCUGCUUCCAGGCGAGACGCCGGGAGGAUGUAUGCAACCGGUGAUGAAGGCUGCCCUGUCCGAUCCUUCAAGAAAUACCUGGAAAAACUCAACCCAGACUGCGAAGCUCUCUUCCAGACACCCAAACUGCGUGCGCCGGAGUCAGGACCGUGGUACAGAAACAUGCCUUGUGGAAUCAAUACUCUUGGCAGCAUGAUGUCCACCUUGUCUAAAAAGGCAGGCCUGUCAAAGCCCUACACGAAUCAUUGUUUGCACGCCACCUGUGUUUCGAUCCUGGAUAUCAGAGGAAGCAUGAGAUCGUACACUGGGAGUGUGAGCGACAGCAGGAAGCAGAAUGUCUCGGAUGUUCUGUCACAUGCGCUUGGAAAAGCUGGUCCUGUGAACAAUUACACUGGAUCCGAAUCAACACUGGAUAUUGACUGGUUCAAAAGCUCACAGAAGUUUGAAAAUUACAUAACCGAAAUGUCCAAGGAAGAAUUAAAUGAAUGCCUAAAGCUAUUCUAUACCUCGGCACGACAGCAAGACGGCACUUUCUACAAACAAACGACGCUAAAGUCAAUCCGUGCCGCCAUCGAUAGGUUUUUACGAAGUCCGCCGAAUAACAAAGCCUUUACGAUAGUUGCUGAUCCAGCGUUUUCAGAAGCGAACGAGGUCCUGGAUGCCUUCGUGAAGGACUUGAGAAAAAUGGGGAAAAUUGCAGGAGUCGUACACAAGAAAGCAAUGACCCAAGAACACAUCCGACUGCUUUACGAAAGCGGCGAACUGGGCCCCGCAGACAGCGAAGACCCGGCGCAGUUAAUGCAUACAGUUUGGUUUUACCUUAGUCUUUAUCUUGGUCGAAGAGGUCGAGAAAACCAAAGACAGCUGAAACCAUCCAUGCUCGUCCUGAGGUCGACACCUGACGGCAGAGAGUAUUACGAGCUGAAUCGUGAAGUUGCUGGAUCAGUUCUCGCUGCGAAAAAUCACCAAGGAGAUCCGGAAGACGAAUCAGACGGCAAGAUUUACUCCGUUCCCGACUCAAGAUAUUGUCCUGUAGAAACCGUCAAAAACUAUCUCAAACACCUGAAUCCCAAAUGCAAAUGUUUUUUCCAGAGGCCGAAGGAUGCGAAGUGCCAGAAGUUUGAUCCAAAUAACAACAUCUGGUACUCCAACAUGGCAGUCGGCGAGUCAACUCUGGGAAAUAUGCUCCGCUCGAUGACCACGAAAGCAGGGAUAAAUCCUCCUCUUACCAACCACUGCAUAAGAGCUACAUCCCUGACUGUUCUGUCUCAAGCCAAUAUCGAACCCAGGCACUUACAAUCAGUCGCUGGCCACAAGUCAGAUUUUUCGAUCGAGUCCUACAGCGACCGUCCAUCACUGAACCAACAACAGAUUAUGUCGAACGCCUUGAGCGGUUUCUGGAGUCCAGAAAAGUCCGCCCUUCCCCUUGGCGCUCCAGAAGAGGAUAAAGAGAACCAGCUUUCCCUUCCUGAGGCCACCGACUCCGUGUCAACGUAUUCAGAUUCAGAAAACCACGCUGGACUCGCCAUCGCUGAACAGAACAACCCCCUGGCGCAAGCACCAAUCUUCAACUUCCAGAAUUCUGUUCAAGUUUGGACAUCCCGGCAGGAUGCGGACUCGGACUCGGACGUGGACUCGGAGAGCUAUGAAGGCACUUCGCAGACAAGAGGUCGUGAGAGGCUUCCUGCAACAGCCCAAGAGCUUUCUCUUCGUGGGAGCUGCAUCUCAGACGACGACCUGUCGGCGCCGGUGGAGAUCGAGCUUGAAUUAACCAGCAGCAUGAUGGAGAACCCGUCGGUGGGUUCACAGGGAUGUGGAGAAGAUCCAAGGUCGUCCACUGAACACGAGGACAAAUACAGCAGUUUGCCCGAGAGCAGUUAUGCAAUCUUGAGCAAGGAAGUGUUGGUGCUCCUGAUGUUCCGCUGCUUGGAGUGCUCCAGCGAGUGCCGCAUUCGAGGAAUCGGCAAAGGAGGGAGUCUGUCUUUCGGGCAAGAGUGUCUGUCCUGCUCCAACUACAGGCUGUGGACCUCUAGACAAGUUGAGAAGCCAAAGGAGAAGGUGGCUGAUGUACCUUUAAUCCCGCCCUAUGAAGACGUGUCCACUCAGGCAUCCGGGACUCCGCACUCAGGACGCAGUAUGGUCGAGAGUAAAAGUGCCGUCGUCCAAGGCGAGACCCACUCCAAGACCAUUUCAAGUGUGAUGGUGAAAGAGGAACCGGAAGACCCUGACAAGAUGGUGAAGGAGGAGCAGCCGAGCCUCCUCAUGGAGACGCACGAGGAUUGUGCUUCCGCUGCUCCAGAAGACGACGGAGCUGGAAAUCAGGAUGAAGUUCUGACUGUUAAAAACGAGGUGGAUGAGGGACUUCAUCUCGAGCGUCUUCCUGUUCAGACCGGGCAGGAAACGCUGCUGAUCGACGAGACAGGCCGGGUGAGGCGUGCCGAGCUACCGAGAGACGACGACGAGGACGACGACGAGGACGAUUUUGAAGAGAAUUCAGAAGCUGACGAGGAUUCAAGCUUGUUUGAUCCGUCCGAGGAUCUGGGUGAAGAAUCUUCUGAUACGGAUAACAGCAGAAAGCUGAUGGCGCUGAAACCGUUUCAGAACACCAUUAAACCAGUUAUCUGGUGUACAGACUGUACAGACGUAGCCAAGAUGAUCUGUACGAUUCGGAGGCACAAAAGGAUCUAUGGUUGCGCCGAGUGCGGCUUCGGCGACGUCGAGGAUGAAAACAGCCCAUUCAGAAGCUACUUCUCCGUUCAUUUCAGCUACAUCACGCAUUUUCACGAGCAUGCCAUGAAGGAGCACGGCGCGAAAGAAAUCCCUCCCGAAAACCGAGUGUGUGAGGAUUGCCAUAAAACCAUCAGGGUGCCGACAAACCCGAACGAAAAGCCGCGCGAACACGUGUGCGAGUACAAGAUCAAGCCGUUCGCGUGUCUUUUGUGUCGCAAGCGCUUUUUUACAGAAACCGGCCAAAAAGUGCACUACCGCCGACUUCACGGAGACUACACGCAUUUUUGUAAAUACUGCAUGAGGCCGUUCGAUACGAAAGAAGCCAAGUUGAGGCACGAGUGGGCUCACAACGAGGAGCUGCGACCUUACAUCUGUCCAGAUUGCCCGGAGAGGUUCCAAGACUUCGUCGCGCGCAAUCAACACGUACGGAGCCACCGAGGCGAAAAGAAACACAUCUGCGACCAGUGCUCUCGGAGCUUCGGCGACCUCGCCAGCUACGACAGACACAUGCGGAUACACUCGGGAGAGAAACCAUACAAGUGCAGCAUCUGCGAGCGCUCCUUCACGCAAGCCGGACACCUCAAAUCGCACAUGCGUCUGCACACGGGUGAAAGGCCGUUCAUGUGCGAGCAGUGCGGGAAGUGCUUCAAUCACAACGUCAGCCUCAAGAACCACCUGCAGAAGCAUCACUAUGGAGACGGCACUUCCGUGGAAGAGGACCAGCAGGCGGCCGAUCCCUCCAGUACGCCCAAGCGGGCGAGGAAGCGGGCGAGAAAGAGCUCCAGUUCGUUUGCCGAGGAUGAGCAGGAAGACGGAGGAGGGGACUGUCGCUCACCGAGCGAGACGUCCGAUUCCGAUGAAGAGUGGUCGGAAAAAGAAAGGAAGAAGAAAGCUGGGAGGAAAAGACGAAGGGGGAAAACUGCACAUGAUGACGAGUGUGACGAAUGAGCGUCAAUGGCGUUUAUUCAUUUCGGAACAAUUCCUAAGUUCAGUUUUAUCGCAGUAAAGCUGCUGAUGAAAGUUAGCACGGUGUCACUCUGGACUCGAAAGAACCCUUUUAUUCGGGACUCAAGAAAAGUGUGCGUUUUGUUCCUCGUUCUGAUUAAUUUUCAUAUCCGUCUCCUCCUCGGAUUUCUUUUUGCACCAAAUUUAUGACCGUUUACUCUUCGUACCUCACGUUUCGUCCUGUCACGUUAUUCUGAAAAAGACUGAAGGUGAUGUUUCUCUGCAGAGAACGCGUGGAUGAGCUGUUGCUUUGGAAAGAUGAGCAAUAAAACUGCUGUGUAUAUAAAACAA